AUGGCCCACACGGCCACCUCGGCCCCCGCCACAAUGCGCGGCUCAGCACAGUCUCUGGUGUACCGGGACGAGCCAGACUGCUCUCCACCGCCUUAUCCAUAUAGUGAUCGGCAAUUACCACCUUGUUUCCUCUAUCAUGUCGAUCAGCCAGCAGAUGACCCACCAGAGUAUAACUUCUACGAUGUGGAACGGGGAUCUCUAAUCGACAGAGCACUUGCCCAAUAUGCUCAAUCGAUCAGCCCAAGUCUUGCAAGUGCCAGAUACUCGAUUCUCGAGCAGGACGAAGAUGCGCCAGUACCGUCCCAGAGUCACUCCGAUCGUUUUCGCAGCUUUCUUUUUUAUUGCGUGGCUAUGCUCUGUGGUAUUGUUUUCGCAGCAUUCUGGAUUUGCGCUAUCGGAUAUGCGAUCGUGGUCUCGUUCGAAAGGGUCGCGCAAGGCCUGGUUUGA